AUGCAUGUACAUCCAAGUCUUUACUUUAUUUUUGUUGGAGAGUCUGUUAUAAAUGAUGGCGUAACUUUAGCUGUUUUUGAUUAUGUUUACAAAAUAACUUGUCAACCAAAUAUUUAUAUGUCAGAAACUACACUAGAGAUUAUAUCGAUUGGACUUUUUAUUGUCUCUGCAAAGAUUGUUAUUGCUUCUUUGACUGGUGUCAUAUUUGGAGUUUUCGCCUGUAUAAUUACAAGGUUUACAGGACGUUCAUCAGCAAUUGAACCUCUUGUUGUAAUUAGCGGCAGUUACCUCACAUACUUGUUAAAUUAUUCUGUUCAUUGGCCUGGAGUCUUUUCAAUCUUACUGUUUUGGUUAAUUCAAUCGGCUUACACUUUCCAGAAUAUCACGCCUAAAUCUAAAAUGACAAUCAAACGUUUCGCUCGUAUGACUGCUAGUAUUUCAGAAUCACUUAUAUUUCUAACUAUGGGUUACACGUUGGUCGUACAUGACUUUGAGUGGCAUACUAACUUUAAACUGAUUAGUCUUUUUAUUUCAAUUUUAUGGAGAUUCAUCAUAGUGUUUAUUCUGUCGGUAUUUGUUAAUAAACUUCACAAUCUUCAGAAUAAUCUUUCCAGAACUACUGUAUUUGUGAUAGGUUUCUGUGGUUUAAGAGGAGCUAUUAGUCAUGGUUUAACUGAGAUUGUUACUCAAGAAUGCUUGAAUAAUGUUGGGAUAGAUGUAAACUUGCUCAGAUCUACAUCAGCAUUUCUCACGGUGUUUACAAUUAUCAUUAUUGGAACACUUAUGAAGCCACUUCUACAUCUGCUACAGAUGAAACAAGAAAACAAACCAACAAGUCUUUUCCAAACGCUGAACCAACAAGUUAUUUGGAAAAUGUGUGCAUGUGUUGAAGAUAUUCUGGGGACAAAAGAAUGGGGAAGAUGGUCGUCAUGCUUGCCUAAGUUAGAAAGAUUUGCACGACAUCUACUACUACGUGAUCCUAUUGGACGUGAUGAUAUUCUGGAAGCUUUUAAAAAAGUCACCUUAGCCCUGCAUAAUGCUGGAAUAGCUACAACAAAAAAUAAAGCUGAUCAUUAUUUGUCAAAAGUUUAUCCAUCUUUAAAACCAUUAUACUUACAAAAUCAGCAAACAAUGCGUGGUGGCGGUAUACCAUCUGAUUUCUACUCGUCAACAAUGAGCCUAGAUAAACGCAAACUAUAUCAUCAUUAUCAACCAAUACUGACUAAAAGCAUGCUAAAUAUUCAUCGAUUACUUACAGGGAAAAAAAUAUCUCCAGCAGAUUUAAAAUCAGCCCCCCAAAAAAGAGAAAGACGAUCAACUUUUAAAUCAUGGGACUUGACAAAUGACUACCAGCAGCAACUGCCACCUGUUGUUAAACAUCCAAAUGAUAGAAUUAUAACAUUGAAAAAACCAAGCAGUCAUACAUUUUCAAAUGAAACUUUAUCAUCAGAAAAUAUAAAUGUGUUAAGUCCUGAAAGAAGAUUUUCAGAGGAGUAUUUUUCCUCCUCAAGUAAAGAAUAUCAAAAUAAAGGCAGCUGGAGAGAACGGCUGAAAAAAUUUGUUACAUUUACAGGCUUAGAAAGUAAUAAAGCUGACACGGAGACAGAAGAUGUCAAUACUAUGCUAUUACUAUCUAGACAAUAUCAUACUGCUGAUAGUGUCACCUAUUUAGACAAAUUAAAACAUGCUAUGCAAUUAAAACAAAAUGCUAUACGAUUACAAAAUUAUAAAGGUUCCCUGAUAAGACUGCAUUCCGGUCGAUCACUUGAGAGAAUGACAAUAUCACCACCAAUGCAAGACGGUGCUAUGAAUACGCCUAAUACACCACAACCACCACCAACAACAACUACGACUACUUUUACUAAACGGGUUACUCAUAAACCAAAACUGCCAACUAACUUUAUCCUGAAAACAGAGGAUGAAACAAAAGUGGAGGAGAAUAAAUCAGAAACCAAUUGA